AUCAGGGAAACAUCUGAAAAGCAUUACGUUGAAUGCCACACAGAUAGCUAGGUCUCCAAAAUUGGGCUGGUUGCUGGAGUCUGCUUCCUCAAUCCCUGAAUUCUUGCUGGGAGUAGUAGUGGUUUUGUAAUGCCAUCUGCAGCAUGGAGCUGGGGUUGAGCUUGGACCAUCCAAGACCAGAGGUGGAUCUUAAGGGUCACCUUGAGCCCAGACUCUUUGAGUCUUGACACCACCCUCUACUGCCACACUUUCCAGCUGUCAGCCUUGGUCUCCACCUGGUUCCUUGAGGGUGUGGCCUCAGCGUCCUGCCACCACCCUUCCUUGUGUAAACCUUCCCACCUGAGUGGAAAGGAACCUGGGGGAAAAUCUCUAAGCACAGGCUCUUUCUGCUGUCCCAUGGUUCCUAUCUCCCAGGGCUAGUCGGGGCGGGUUCCCCUGGAGCAAGGUUCCUUAGUUUGGAAACGGGUUUGAAAGCAGCUCAAGCCUUCCAAAGCCCCAAGCUGCGUUGUACUAUUAAGGCACCUCCUUCUGGAGACGGUGGCUCUCGGGGCUGGGGAGUUGGAUGCACCAAACCUGUGUGAGGCUAGAGAGGAGGCCCCUGCCAGACCCUCUCUCGGGCCUGUCCUGCCAUUCAGCCUCUCCCCAGUCUCACACUGAGCUCCAAAUCAGGGAAGGGCCGAAGACGACGAGCAGAGCAGCCGCAGAAGGGGCUGCCCUGCGUGGGACGGGUUCCUCAGCGUCUGGUCACCGGGGGGAAUGGAGGGGGCCUUCGGCGCACGGGGCGGUGUCGCGCAGGCCCCGCCCCACCUGCCCGCGCCACCCAUUGGUCCCGAGCGCGAUGACUUGCGGGCGGAGCAGGAAGGAAACCGCUCCCGAGCGCGGCGGCGGCGUAGUCUACCGGCAGUGCAGCUGCCGCUACCGCCGCCCUCUGCCAGCCGGCCUGUCCGCAUACUACCCAGCAUGAGCGGCCUGCGCGUCUACAGCACGUCGGUCACCGGCUCCCGCGAAAUCAAGUCCCAGCAGAGCGAGGUGACCCGGAUCCUGGAUGGGAAGCGCAUCCAAUACCAGCUAGUGGACAUCUCCCAGGACAACGCCCUGAGGGAUGAGAUGCGAGCCUUGGCGGGCAACCCCAAGGCCACCCCACCGCAGAUUGUCAACGGGGACCAGUACUGUGGGGACUAUGAGCUCUUCGUGGAGGCGGUGGAACAAAACACGCUGCAGGAGUUCCUGAAGCUGGCCUGAGUCAAGCCUGCCCACAGUUCCCCUGCUGGACGCCAUCACCACACUCCCCCCAGCCUUCACCUGGCCAUGAAGGACCAUGUGACCAACUCCCUGUCAUUCCUAACCUGACCUUAGAGUCCCUCCCCCAACCCAGGCCACUUCUCCUCCCUUCUAAAUGUAGUCCCCCCUUCUCCAUUCAAAGGCAACAUUCCUUACCCACUAGUCUCAGAAAUUGUCUUAAGCAACAGCCCCAAAUGCUGGCUGUCCCCAGCCAAGCCUUGGGACCACCAUCCUGCCUGGCACUGGCUGAUGGGCACCUCUGUUGGUUCCAUCAGCCAGAGCUCUGCCAGAGGCCCUGCAAUCCCUCUCCAAUGAGGACCCUAGAGACAAUUAAAUGUCCUUUUCCAUUGGCA